AUGGAAGCUGUCAAGGGCACCAUCAACAAUGCCCUCGAGGCUCUCCACAUCACAAGUGCCAGCCAGGGUGCACCUGCAAAGGAGCCCACCGAAGAGCAGCUGAACGAGCUGAAGUCAAAAUACUCAAAGGCUGGACAAGACCAAGUUUUUGCCUUUUAUGACAAGCUGUCGACAGCUGAGAAGGCCGGCCUCUACGAGCAGCUGAGCAACUUCAACCCCGACUACAUCAACGAGAUCACCGACCGAGCGCUUAAGCCCGCCAAGUCCGAGUCAGAAGAGUCCAAGAUCGAGCCUCUCCCCGUAAAUGCCACCUCGUCGGUCCUCGACUCGAAGCAGGAGGAUUUGGACAAGUGGUACAACAGCGGUCUGGAGCUGAUUGCCGAGAACAAGGUCGCUGUCGUCCUGAUGGCUGGUGGCCAGGGCACACGACUGGGUAGCUCCGCACCAAAGGGCUGCUUUGACAUUGGCCUGCCAAGCAAGAAGUCUCUCUUCCAGCUUCAGGGUGAGCGGAUCAAGAAGGCCGAGUUGCUCGCAGCAAAGAAGCAUGGCAAGGAGAGCGUCACAAUUCCAUGGUACGUCAUGACCAGUGGUCCUACACGAGGCCCUACCGCCAAGUUCUUCGAGGAGAACAACUUCUUCGGCCUCAAGAAGGAGAACGUCGUCAUCUUCGAGCAAGGAGUCUUGCCUUGCAUCUCAAAUGAGGGCAAGAUCUUGCUCGAGAGCAAGUCCAAGGUUGCCGUAGCCCCUGAUGGCAACGGAGGACUGUACCAAGCACUCAUCCAGUCAGGUGUGGUCGGAGAUAUGGGCAAGCGGGGCAUCGAGCACAUCCACGCAUACUGCGUCGACAACUGCCUAGUCAAGGUUGCAGACCCGGUUUUCAUUGGUUUCUCUGCCUCAAAGAGCGUCGACAUCGCGACAAAGGUCGUGCGUAAGCGAAACGCAAAGGAGUCGGUUGGUCUCAUCUUGCAGAAGAACGGCAAGCCAGAUGUCGUUGAGUACUCCGAAAUCUCGACCGAGGAUGCAGAGGCCAAGGACUCGAAGGACCAGGAGCUCCUCAAGUUCCGUGCUGCGAACAUUGUCAACCACUACUACUCGUACAAGUUCCUCGAGUCCAUUCCCGAAUGGGCCAAGAAGCUGCCGCACCACGUUGCACGCAAGAAGAUUCCAUUCGUCAACACCGAGACUGGAGAGACCGUCAAGCCAGAGAAGCCCAACGGCAUCAAGCUUGAGCAGUUCGUCUUUGACUGCUUUCCCUUCCUUACUCUUGAGAAGUUCGCUUGCAUGGAGGUCAAGCGUGAGGACGAGUUCAGCCCUCUGAAGAACGCACGCGGCACGGGCGAGGACGACCCAGACACGAGCAAGCAGGACAUUAUGGCCCAGGGCAAGAAGUGGGUGCAAGCUGCUGGCGCAACCGUUGUCAGCGAGGACCCGAAGGCCGGCAUUGAGGUUUCGCCGUUGAUCUCAUAUGGUGGUGAAGGCCUCGACUUCCUCAAGAGCAGGACUAUCAAGGCUCCUGCGGUGAUAGAAUCCGAGGACUAGGAGGCCUUGCAACUUCGAACCGAUCUUACUGCCAAUACUAGGUGCACAACGUGGGUUGAGCUGCCGCGGCUCAAUAUGAUCACUGUUUGGCUUGUUGCACCUCGUUGCCAGAUUGAUCAAACCAUCAUUCCCUGAGAGAUUUUGGCUCAACCUGCCGGUGCUGUAGACAUUACAUAGAAGAACGAGCAAUGAACAUAACGCUUCACAAA